CGUUCUCAAUCAAGGCCCCGGUCAUAAUUGGUCAAAUUGCCUGACUAUUUAAGCGAAGACGGAAAAUUGCAACAGGGAAUCCUCUCGCUUUAUGCGGUCGUGACUUGCUCAGUGGUCUUUGUUAACAUUCUGCUAGGCUCCAAACUGAUAAGAAGAAACCUGUUCGGUGCUCGCGAUAUUUCACUAAGAUGAAGGUGCAGAGAGUCGUUCUCAACUCGCGACCAGGUAAAAACGGGGUGCCAGUUCCGGAAAAUUUCCGCCUGGAGGAGAUUACUUUAGCACCUGACCUGAAAGAUGGGGAGGUUCUUGCUCGGACGCUUUAUCUCUCAGUCGACCCUUAUAUGCGAUGUAGAAUGAAUGAGGACACCGGUGCUGAUUACCUGACUCCAUGGCGGCUGUCCGAGUGUGUGGAUGGUGGUGGUGUUGGAGUGGUCGAGUCCAGCCUCUGCAGUACUUGUUCUGAGGGAGAUAUAGUCACUUCAUUCAACUGGCCUUGGCAGACCCAUGCUGUUAUGACCGGAAGUGGCUUACAGAAGGUUGAUCCACAGUUGGUUGAUGGGCACUUGUCCUACUUUUUGGGUGCAGUUGGAAUAACAGGCCUCACUGCCUUACUGGGUAUCAGGGAGAAGGGUCAUGUGACCAAAGGGGCCAAUCAGACAAUGGUGGUAAGCGGUGCAGCUGGCGCCUGUGGCUCCAUAGCUGGACAGAUUGGCAGGUUGGAUGGGUGUGUGAGAGUGGUGGGGAUCUGUGGGUCUGAUGAGAAGUGUAAAGCUUUAGUGGAAGAUCUGGGUUUCUCUGCAGCCAUCAACUAUCGCCUGGAGGAUGUACCGACAAGGCUCAAGGAGAGCUGUCCCAGUGGUAUUGAUGUUUACUUUGACAAUGUGGGAGGUGCCAUUAGUGAUGCCGUUAUAGCACAGAUGAACAACAGCAGCCAUGUAAUCCUGUGUGGUCAGAUCUCACAGUAUAACAAGGAUGUGCCGUAUCCUCCACCCCUGAGUGACGAGACUCAGGAGAACCUACGAAGUAAGAAAAUCACCCGGGAACGCUUUACUGUGCUCAGCUACAUGAGCAAAGCAGAUGCUUCCCUGUAUGAGCUCAGCCAGUGGAUCAAAUCAGGUCAAAUCAAGGUGCUGGAGACUGUGGUGGAUGGUAUAGAGACUAUGGGAGAUGCAUUUUGCUCCAUGAUGAAAGGUGGAAACAUUGGAAAGCAAAUUAUAAAGAUUUCACAGUGAAAAAGUGGAGGCUGCCUUCUCACCACUCACCUUGGGAAAUUAACCUUAGUUGCCUUUUUAUUACUGCCAUUAACACUAACUUAAUCAACUACAGUAAAAUAUUGCACUGAUUAACUGAGACCAGCUAAUUACAACUGUGAACUGUUAUUUGAUGUUAUAUUCUUGAGGAAAUAUAACUAAAGUGAACUUCAAAGUCAAACAAAUUUUCACUUUUUGGACUUAAGAUAUUUGGAAAUUGGUGCAGCAGUUAAAGAAAUGUAGAGGGGAGUAUUAUUUUAUAUUAACCUAAAAAUCAGUCUCUUAACAGUGCCAGUGUGGGAUAAUGUCAGAACUUCUCAGCUUUACUGUAACAAUCUUCUAUGGUACCCCAAAACUGACAAACUGUUGAUCCAAGCCAGGGUGGCUCCAUGCUUUCAUGUUGUUGAUGCCAAAUUCUGACCCUACCAUCUGACUGUCACAGCAGGCAACAUUUUUCCAAUCUUCUGUCUAGUUCUGCCCAAUAGAAUAAUUAACAAUAUUAUUUACUGAUACCAUCACUUUCAAGACUGUGCGCAAGCCUUAUGCUGACUAUCAUUUCUGUAUACUUUGCUAUGAAAAUGGGGAAAUGAGUGCAGCAAUUUAUUGAACUGUGCAAACAUGCAGGGAAAUGUAUAAGGUAAAAAAAAAAACGCUUGUACAAUUCUAAUGAGCUUGAGUCAAUAUUUGGUGUGACCAAAUAUUACAGCUUUAUUGUAAUUUCUGUCAACAUUCACUUUUGACUGUCUUGCAUACUGCCGAUGAUUUGAGGUAAAAUUUUCAAAUUUGGAUUCAUCACACUGUAAGACCUGUUGACACUGAUUUUUAGCCCAGUUAUUGUGUAAUUUGGGAUAUGUCAGCCUUUCCUCUUGCUUAAGAAUGGUUUGACAGCCACUCUUCAGCUGAGACAUUUCUGUU